AUGUCAAAUUUGCAUUGCUUUUUCUAUGUUUUAGUAGUUCUUCUUCUUCUACAGAAUCCGUGUGCAACAAGAUGCCACACCAAGGGAAUUAGACCAAGGCCUUCUACAGGGCUAUCGACCAAUAUAACAAAGGUCCAAUUUUCAGAACAACAGUUCAUGAAAUGGGUUAGAUUUGUGGGUGGUCUCAAACAUUCUGUCUUUAGAACAGCAAAAAAUAAGCUCUUCCCUUCUUACACUUUGCACGUUUCUAAGAAUCAUGGUAAAGGAGGUUUUUCAUCAAUUCAAGCAGCCAUUGAUUCCCUUCCAUUCAUCAAUCUUGUGAGAGUAGUCAUUAAGGUUCAUGCAGGGGUUUACACGGAGAAAGUUAAUAUUCCUGCUUUGAAAUCCUUCAUAACGAUACAAGGAGCAGGUGCAGAUAAGACUAUUGUUCAAUGGGGUGACACUGCUCAAACUCCUGGGCCAAGAGGCCAACCACUUGGAACCUAUGGUUCUGCUACUUUUGCGGUGAAUUCACCUUAUUUCAUUGCCAAGAACAUCACAUUCAAAAACACUGCCCCAAUUCCAGCACCUGGAGCAGUUGGAAAACAAGCAGUGGCAUUGAGAAUUUCAGCAGAUACAGCAAUAUUCCUAGGCUGCAAAUUCUUAGGAGCACAAGACACACUCUAUGAUCAUGUGGGUAGGCAUUACUACAAGGAUUGUUAUAUUGAAGGCUCUGUUGAUUUCAUAUUUGGCAAUGCUCUCUCUCUAUUUGAGGGAUGUCACGUGCAUGCCAUAGCACAACUUACAGGGGCCGUAACAGCACAAGGCAGGAACAGUUUAUUAGAAGACACGGGUUUCUCGUUUGUCCACUGUAAGGUCACGGGUUCAGGGGCACUUUACCUUGGAAGGGCUUGGGGUUCCUUUUCUCGCGUUGUCUUUGCUUACACUUACAUGGACAAUAUCAUCAUUCCCAAAGGAUGGUAUAAUUGGGGUGAUCCUAACCGUGAAAUGACUGUAUUCUAUGGACAGUACAAAUGCACAGGACCAGGAGCAAGCUAUGCGGGGAGAGUAUCGUGGUCAAGAGAACUCACUGAUGAGGAAGCUAAGCCAUUUAUUUCACUUAGCUAUAUUGAUGGCUCUGAAUGGAUCAAUAUUUCUUUUUGA